AUGGACACGACCUCGUAUCUCGUUGCGAGGGACAUUACGGAGCUGCAUGAAGUGAUGAGACUGGUCCCGAGAGCAAAAGACUGCGUCAAGUGCGAUGACACGUCCAAGCUUCAAUGUCCUUCUUGCAAUUCCAAUGAGAGCUGUCAGUUUACAGUUCCGCUCGAUUGCACGCAAUGUCCCACGUCCUUCUGCGCGCCAAAUGAUACGCCCUCGGCCGACAGUGGAAAGGGUAGUGGUGGUAGCAACGGGCCAAGUGCAGGCCCUAUUGCCGGUGGUGUCAUCGGUGGACUUGCUGCCAUUGCCAUCAUCACGUACCUUGUCUGGAGAUUCCUAAUCAAGCCCAAGAGACAAAGCGCCCAGGCGGUCUAUGGCGCCGAAGAGGGCGUAGCUGAGGGCAGCGAAAAGAAUGGCAACCGAGUUACACGCCGCGGAUCGACACAUACUGUUCAUUCCAUUGCUUCGACUGUUCUCACUCGCGCUUCCAACAUUAUCCAAAUCGCCUACAUUCCCGGCGUCACCAACCGAGCCACUCCCACGUCACCCAAUGUGCUGGUCCCCCCCGUCCCGCCGAUUCCCAUGCACCACACCGAAGGAUACCGCGAUUCCGAGGCCGACCCUCACUUUUUCGUUCCCGGCAACUUGCGAGACUCGACAUACUCUGGUAUCUCUGCCUUUUCGGACCGAACUUCAUUUGCUCCUCCUCGCUCGAGCGUUGCGUCUACCAUCUUUGGCGGCGGCAAGCAGCAAGUUCUGACUCCGGCCCAGACCGGUAUGCGUGCCAAGCCGACAAUGGUGAGCGUCAAGUCUGGCUCCAGCGCCCCCAGCACGCCCCCUGUUCCCAGCAUCGACUUUGACAAGUUCAACUCUUCCAAGCACCUACGACCUACGAGUGCGGCAAGCAAUUUCAGCGUUGGAUCUACUUUCCUCAACAGCGCCAACACCGUUACCCAAGCUCGCGCACAGGUUGUCAAAGUGGGAGGCUCUGGCCUGAGAAUGGUGGAAAUUGCGUCCAAGCCUGAGGCUAACGGAUCUUCCACAACACUCGGCAACAAGUCACCAGAGACAUUGCUCACCGUUACUACUCCACCCACGAGCCGAGGAGAGUCAUCAGUUGAAGACCAGGGGCCAUUCUCUGACCCUCCAGAGGGUGAUAUGAGCCCCAAGAUCUCUGUUGAGGCUCCUUCUUCACCUGGCCGGGAAAGGGCGGCCACCAAAGAGGAGCAACAUUCAGGCUCUCAGAAGCGUGAUACGAGCCCCUUUGGUGAUGAGCAUGAAACUAAGGAUUAAUUCAAUCAACCCUGAAGGCCUUUUUCUAUAUGUUGAUUCCCAUGACUCAAUGAUGAGCGUGAUGGAGGGGUUUUUUCUUUGUCUCCCUUUUGUCUUUUUCUUAUACUCUUCGUGUUAUACUUUUUUGGAGACUUGUGCUUUCUUCAGCGACGAGAGAAUAUCUUCAGUUACGGGUUUAUGGCGUCUUUUUUUAUACCGGGACAAAAUGUCGCAGGGAUUGAUAUGACAGAUGGCGGCGUGGAUCUUGAAGCAACAAAUGGUGACAUCUUUUUGUGUGCUCGAUUUUACUUAUUACUUUUGAAUAGAAAACAUGAUUUGCUUGGC